UUCGUUUGCAAAAUCAUUUUUAAAGACUGUUACAAUCGACAACAAUCAUUUAAACUAACAAGUUGUUUUUAUUUCUGAUUUUAUUUUAUUUUUUUUGCUUUUAACAAUGGCCUGCUUAACUCUGCAAGAUGGCUCGCAAUUUUUUGGACAUCCUUUUGGUUAUAAACAAAAUGUAUCUGGAGAAAUCGUUUUUCAGACUGGAAUGGUUGGCUAUGUUGAGUCAUUGACCGAUCCGUCAUAUUUUAACCAAAUUUUGGUGUUCACCUAUCCGUUGGUGGGCAAUUAUGGCGUUCCUAAUGACGAAGUCGAUGAUUUUGGGAUUCUCAAAUAUUUCGAGGCACCUAAGAUUUGGGUGAAAGCUCUAAUUGUAGAUGAACUAUCUGACUUUUACAGUCAUUGGAAUGGUAAAUACGAUUUGAAUGACUGGCUAGUAAAAAACCAAGUGGUGGGUAUUCAAGGGAUGGAUACCAGAGCUUUGACUAAGCACAUUCGUGAUAAUAAAACCCAAAUCGCCCAAAUUAAGAUAACUAUUCCUGAUUUAGUAGUUCCUGAAAUUCCUCUUUUUAAAGGAAAUUAUGUUGCUGCUGUGUCAACAAAAUCGCAACGUAUUUUCAACCCUAAAGGUCAUCCACAUAUUUUAAUGAUUGACUGUGGUGCAAAAUAUAACCAGAUUCGUUGUUUUGUCAAUCGUGGGGCUAAAGUCUCUCUUGUCCCUUGGGAUUUUAAUUUUAUUGAAUGUGAUAUUCCUUAUGAUGGAAUUUUUCUUUCAAACGGACCAGGAGACCCUGAAGAUUGCCAAAUAAUAGUUGAGCGGAUUCGAUUGAUUUUAAACUCAUCUAAUAUUAAACCGAUAUUUGGUAUUUGUCUCGGUCAUCAACUUUUAUCUCUCGCUGCUGGUGGGAAAACUUAUAAAAUGAAUUUUGGCAACCGUGGUCAUAAUCAACCAUGCCUUUUUACCAAUACUAAGCGCUGUUUUGUAACUUCUCAAAAUCAUGGUUACGCAGUUGAUGCAUCAAGUCUUUCUACUGAAUGGGCGCCUCUUUUUACCAAUGCUAAUGAUGAUUCCAAUGAAGGUAUCUAUCAUAAAGAAAAGCCCUUUUUCAGCGUUCAAUUUCACCCUGAACACAAAGCUGGUCCGGAUGACUUGGAAUCAUUGUUUGAUGUUUAUCUAGAUUUGAUUGCCAACUAUAAAUCGGGUGACAAAGUGAUUGACUUAAUAACUAAACGAUUAAACAUUCCAACUUUCAAAGAGGCUCGUAAAUAUCCUAGAAAAGUACUUAUCCUUGGAUCAGGUGGUUUAUCAAUAGGUCAAGCUGGAGAAUUUGAUUAUUCAGGAAGUCAAGCCAUCAAAGCAAUGAAAGAAGAGGGAAUAUCAACUGUUUUAAUAAAUCCGAAUAUCGCAACAGUUCAAACAAAUCCUGGCUUAGCUGAAAAGGUUUACUUUUUACCAAUUACUGCAGAAUAUGUGAUAGAAGUAAUUAAAUUGGAACGCCCUGAUGGCAUUUUACUUAUGUUUGGUGGUCAAACUGCAUUAAAUUGUGGAAUUGAAUUGAACAAUCGUGGUAUUUUUAAACAAUAUUCAAUAACUGUGAUGGGAACACCAAUUCAAUCUAUCAUUAACUCAGAGGAUCGAAAGCUUUUCGCUGACCAAGUUGCCUCCAUUGGUGGUCGAGUUGCCCCAUCAGGAGCUGUAUAUUCAGUUGAAGAAGCUAUUAUCACUGCCAAACGAUUGGGUUACCCAAUUCUUAUUCGUGCUGCAUAUGCACUUGGUGGCCUUGGAUCAGGUUUUGCUCAUGAUGAAACAGAGCUUCGAAAGAUUGUUUCAAAAGCUUUACUUCACUCAAAUCAAGUUUUACUCGAUAAAAGUUUGAAAGGAUGGAAAGAAAUUGAAUAUGAGAUCAUUCGAGAUUCUUAUGACAACUGUAUAGCAAUCUGUAAUAUGGAGAAUCUUGACCCUUUAGGAAUCCACACAGGGGAAUCAAUUGUUGUAGCUCCAAGUCAAACUUUAACUGAUUCAGAAUAUUAUCUUCUUCGAUCAAUGUCUAUAAAAAUUGUCCGUCACCUUGGUGUUAUUGGAGAGUGUAAUGUGCAAUUUGCUUUAAACCCUAAAAGUGAAGAGUUUUAUAUUAUUGAAGUAAAUCCAAGACUUUCAAGGUCAUCAGCUUUAGCAAGUAAAGCUACCGGCUAUCCGUUGGCUUAUGUAGCAGCAAAAUUAUCUCUUGGAAUCUGUCUUUCAGACUUGAAAAACUCGGUAACCGGAUCAACGACUGCCUGUUUUGAGCCCAGUCUAGACUACUGCGUUGUUAAAAUACCACGUUGGGAUCUAGGUAAAUUUACUGGAGUCUCUCGUAGGAUUGGAAGUUCAAUGAAGAGCGUUGGUGAAGUUAUGGCAAUUGGUCGAAGAUUCGAAGAAGCAUUCCAGAAAGCAUUGAGAAUGGUGCAUGAAAACUGUGCAGGUUUUGAUCCUGGGGUCGAAGAACCAACAGCUCAGAAACUCGAAUGUCCUACUGAUAUGAGAAUUUUUGUUCUUGCUGCUGCAUUGAGGGAUAACUAUUCAAUAGAAGAGUUAAAUCAAUUAACUGCAAUCGAUAAAUGGUUUUUAUAUAAGAUGAAGCGGAUUAUUGACCAUCAGCGAUUUCUCAAAACAAUCAACUCAAACUCAAUUUCAUCAGAUAUUAUUUUACAAUCUAAGAAGCUCGGUUUCUCUGAUAAACAGAUUGCAUCUUGUGUUGGUUCAGCUGAACUUUUAAUCAGAGCUUUAAGGUACUCAAGCUCUCCUCCGAUACGUCCUCGAGUUAGAAAGGUCGAUACCGUUGCUGCUGAAUACCCAGCUUCUACAAAUUAUCUUUAUCUUACUUAUAAUGCAUCUGAAGAUGAUACUGAUAACAUCUACCCAUCAGAAAUCAACAAAAAUUCUGUCAUUGUCAUUGGAUCAGGAGUUUAUCGAAUUGGUAGCUCAGUAGAGUUUGAUUGUUGUGCCGUUGGUUGUGUCUCUCAGCUUCGUAAAAUGAACAAAACUACAAUAAUGAUAAAUUACAAUCCAGAAACUGUUAGUACUGAUUACGAUGUGUGUGAUCGAUUAUACUUUGAUGAAAUAUCUUUUGAGGUUGUAAUGGAUAUUUAUGAAAUUGAAAACCCUCAUGGUAUUAUUUUGAGUAUGGGUGGACAAUUACCUAAUAAUAUUGCUAUGGAUCUUCACCGACAAAAUGCUAGAAUCUUGGGAACUUCACCUGAAAAUAUAGAUGGUGCAGAAAAUCGUUUCAAAUUUUCUCGUCUUCUUGACAUCAAAGGAAUUGACCAGCCUAAAUGGCGUGAAUUAACCGACAUUGAAGGAGCUUUAAAUUUCUGUGCGGAAACAAGUUAUCCGUGUAUUGUUCGUCCCUCUUAUGUUUUAAGUGGAGCUGGAAUGAUUGUGGCCUUUAACGCCAAUGAAUUGACAACUUAUUUGGCUAAAGAAGCCACAGUGAAUAGAGACCACCCUGUGGUUAUUAGUAAAUAUAUCGUUGGAGCUAAGGAAAUAGAUGUUGACGCUGUUGCUCGUGACGGUGAACUAGUUAAAAUUGCUGUUUCAGAACACGUCGAAAAUGCUGGUGUUCAUUCAGGAGAUGCUACGUUAAUUACUCCUCCUAAUGAUUUAAACGAAGAAACUUUAGCUCGAAUUAAAGAAAUUUGUGCUGCCAUCGGUCAAGCUCUAGCAGUUAAUGGUCCAUACAAUAUGCAAUUGAUUGCCAAGAAUAAUCAACUUUAUGUCAUUGAAUGUAAUCUUAGAGUUUCUCGAUCGUUCCCAUUUGUCUCGAAAACCCUAGACUUUGACUAUGUUGCUUUAGCAACUAAAGUAAUCAUGGGAGCUUAUGAGCCCGAUAGUCAAGAAUUUGGAACAAAUACCUUCAGCCCUGCCGUGACAAACUCAAGAGUUGGUGUUAAAGUUCCUCAAUUUUCAUUUUCUCGAUUAGCUGGAGCAGACGUUGCUCUGGGUGUUGAAAUGGCUUCUACUGGUGAAGUCGCUUGUUUUGGAGAGAACAAAUACGAAGCCUAUCUUAAAGCUUUAAUGAGUACUGGAUUCCGUAUUCCACAGAGAAAAGUAGCAUUUCUUUCUAUUGGAGGAUAUGAAAGGAAAGAUGAACUUUUAGGAAGUGUCCGUCUUCUGAAAUCAAUGAAUUACAAGUUGUUUGGAAGUCAAGGAACUGCUGAUUAUUAUACUCAUAAAGGGAUUUACAUUGAAGCGAUAGAAUGGCCUUUUGAAGAGAUAGGAAAUGAAAAUCCGACCGUUAAUAUUGUCGAUGCUAUUGUUGCCUCAUUGGCAGAGAAAGAAUUUGACCUUAUUAUAAAUAUACCAAUGAGAAGUCGUGGAGCUCGUCGAGUUUCGACUCUUGGGUAUCGAGCACGACGUUUUGCUAUUGAUCAUUCAGUUCCUCUAAUUUCUGAUGUUAAAUGUGCCCGUCUUCUGAUUGACGCCCUCAGCAUGAUCGAGGGAUCACCAAAAGUCAAAACGAAUAUUGAUUGUUUAACGGCUCGAAAAAUAAUUAGACUUCCUGGUUUGAUUGAUGUUCAUGUUCACCUUCGAGAACCUGGUGGAGAAGAAAAGGAAGAUUUUAUUAGUGGUACUUCAGCAGCUUUAGCUGGAGGUAUAACAAUGGUUUGUGCAAUGCCCAAUACUGAUCCUGCUAUCGUUGAUGGUGAUACUCUUAAUCAAGUUCGUACACUUGCUAAAUCAAAGGCUAAAUGUGAUUAUACAUUUUUCCUUGGUGCAACUCCUUCCAAUGCUGAAUUAUUACCAAGUUUAGCCAAAUCUCAAAAUCCCGUUGUAGGUCUUAAAAUGUAUCUUAAUCAAACAUUUGGAACAUUAACAAUGUCUAAUUUUGAUGAUUGGAUAAAACAAUUUGAACAUUGGCCUAAAGAUUUACCAAUAGUUGCUCAUGCUGAAGGACGUGAUACAGCAGCAAUUAUAAUGGUAGCAAGUAAAUACCAACGAUCUGUUCAUAUUUGUCAUGUUGCUCGAGCUGAGGAAAUUUUUAUGAUUAAAGCAGCUAAAGAAGAGGGUAAAAAAGUUACCUGUGAGGUGUGUCCACACCAUCUUUUCUUGUCGGAAGAGGAUGUAACUUAUAUUGGUGAAUCAAAGAGUUCAGUGAAACCACCAUUAGUCAAAAAGUCAGAUCAACAAGCUCUCUGGGCUAAUCUUGAUGUUAUUGAUUGCUUUGCAACGGAUCACGCACCACACCUUUUAUCCCAUAAACAUAAACAAUUUUGUCCCGGUUUCCCUGGUUUAGAAACAAUCCUUCCCUUACUGUUGACUGCAGUUCAUGAGAAAAAGUUAUCAUUGAAAGAUAUUCUCACAAAACUCUACAUUAAUCCAAGACGCAUUUUUAAUUUACCAGACCAACCUGAUACUUAUAUUGAAAUAGAUUUAGAUGAAACAUGGAUAAUUCCUGAAUCUUUGCCUUACACAAAAGCCGACUGGACUCCAUUUGCUGGUCGAAAAGUAAAAGGUAAAGUUCGACGAGUUGUUCUUCGAGGUGAGGUUGCUUUUAUUGAUGGACAAGUACUGGUUCCUCCUGGGUUUGGUAAUGAAAUAUGUCCAUUAACAGAGGUUGAUCGAAUUAAAGAACCAAUUCGUAUAACAGUUCCAGAAAUUUGUGCUGAUGUCAUACAAGAAUUAAAGUUAAAUGAUUUAGGUGAUAUUAAAACGGAACUAACAGGAGAUAAAAUUCCUCUACCCACACCACCUAUUCCCACCAUAACUUCCACCAAAGUUGAACCGGUUCCAACAAAACGUAUAAAAUCAAUUGCUGUUGUUCAUGAUGAUGAUACUCUUAGAAACAAAGAUAUUCUUUCAGUUGACAUGUUCACAGCACAGACUCUCCAUGUUUUGUUCAACUGUGCCCAAGAAAUAAAGAAACUAAUCGAGAAAAAAGCUGACCUCUGUGAUGUACUUCGACGUAAAACUCUUGGGUUAUAUUUCCAUGAACCAAGUAGUCGAACCUUCCAUUCUUUCAAUGCAGCCAUGGUUCGAUUAGGAGGUUCAAUAGGAAAAUUUGACCCCAGUGAAUCAUCUCAGCAGAAAGGAGAAACUUUUGACGAUACCAUGAAAACAAUGUCAUCUUAUUAUGAUGCUUUGGUUAUUAGACAUCCGCAAGUAGGAGCGGCACGAAUGGCUGCUGCUGCUGCUCAAAUUCCGAUUAUAAACGGUGGUGAUGGAACCGGUGAACAUCCGACUCAAGCUUUACUUGAUGUUUUCACUAUUCGAGAAGAAAUCGGUACUGUAAAUGGUUUAACCAUUUCUUUGGUUGGAGAUCUUCUUAAUGGAAGAACUGUACAUUCAUUGGCAAAACUAUUGACCCACUAUAAUGUCCGUUUGAAGCUUAUUUCACCUCCAAGCCUUAAACUUCCUGACUCUGUAAAAAACUAUUUGAUCGAAAAACAAAUUCCAUUCGAGGAAAACACAAAUCUUGAAGAUGCAUUAGCGGAAUCCGAUGUAAUUUAUAUGACUAGAAUUCAAAAGGAAAGGAUUACAAGAGACUUGGAUUAUCGAAAUUGGACAGAACAGUUUAUCAUUACUCCCGAAUUAAUGUCUAAAGCUAAGAAGAAGAUGAUAGUUAUGCAUCCUUUGCCUCGAAAUGAAGAAAUAAGCCCAGCUUUUGAUAAAGAUCCUCGAGCUGCUUAUUUCCGUCAAAUGAGAAAUGGAAUGUUUGUCAGAAUGGCGUUACUCGCAAUGGUUUUUGGUCAUACCGUUUCAUCAGCUUAAUCGAUAAUCAUAAUCAUCAUUUUAACAGCUUUUUUAAACUUUACCUCAUAAUCAUUUUGACAUACUUUUGUUACUAAAUCAAUUUAUGUUUUAGAAGACCAGAAAAGUUUUAUUUAAGAUUAAAUUUCAUUUGAUCAUUUAAAGAGUUAUAUUUUACAUGAUUUGGAAAAAUGAUGAAAUAAAAAAAA